UGUGUAUCUGGGAGAUGGCGAGGGUCCUGUGCCCGGAAGGGUGGCGGAGGUCCCGUGCGUGCCCAUGCAGGGAUGACAGGGGUCCCGUGUGUGUGUCUGGGGGGGGUGACGGGGAUCUUGUCCUGUUCCGUGCCCGGGGGUCCCCUGUGGGGGUAGCAGGGAGCCUGUGUGUGUGCCCAGAGAGAGAUGGCCAAAGUCUCGUGCCCGUGGUGGCCGGGGUCCCGUACGUGUCCGUGGGUGGAUGACGUGGGUCCCCUGUGUCUGCUCAGGGUGUGGGGUGUCUCGUAUGUGCGCCUGGGAGGGUGGCGGGAGUCCCAUGCAUGUCCGUGCCCGGUGGGAUAGUGGGGAUCCUAUGCGUACACCCAGGAGGGUGACAGGGUUCCCGUGCCCGUGGGGAUGACAAGGGUCCUGUACGUGGCCGUGGGGGGUGGUGGGGGUCCGGUGCUUGUGCCCAGGAGGGUGGUGGGACCCAUGUGCAUGUGCAAAGGGGAUUGUGGGAGUCCUGUAUGUGUGUGCCCUGGGGAGAUGGCGAGGGUCCCUUGCCUGGAGGGAUGGUGGGGAUCCCAUGCCUACAGGAUGGCAGGGGUGCCGUGUGUGUGACUAAAAAAUGGCAGGGGUCUUGCGUGUGCACCCAGGGGAUGGUGGGGUCCGGUAUGUGUGCCCAGGAGGGUGGCAAGGCUUGCGUGCAUAUGUUGGGGGAGUGGCAGGGGUCCUAUGCCUGGGGGGGUUCCAGGGGUUCCGUGCAUGUGUCGGGGGGAUGCUGUGGUUCCAGUGCAUGUGCCUAGGGGAUGGCGGGUGUCCCAUGUGUGUGCGUGGGGGGAUGGUGGAGUCUUGUGCCGGUGCUGCGGGGGAUGGCAGGUGGUCCGUGCCAUGCCCAGGGGGGUGAUGGGGGUCCUGCGCAUGUGUCUGGGGGCAGGGGGAGCAUCUGGUCCCCAAGGGGAUGGCUGGGGUCCUAUGUGUGUGCCUGGGUGGCAGGGAUGUGUGAAGGAUGGUAAUUCCCUGAAGUGACCUGUUUUCAUUUAAAAAAAAAAAAAAAAAAAAAAGUAUAAAUGCUCAAUGAGGUUGCAUCCUGUCCUUGCCCAGGCUGGUUACUGGAAAGGCUCAGGCCUGCUGCUGGUCUUGUCUUUUGUAGUUUCUGUGUGCCUUGGCACAGAAGUGAGGCAAAAAGGCUGUUUUUGCCAUAGAUCUUCCAGGAGUGUUGAGAGAUGGGGCACAUUUGUCAGGACAGGCUACCAGAAGACGCUGGGCAUUUUUAGGGUCCCAGUCUCUGCUCUGAGGUGUCUCUAUCCUGUUCCCUCCUGUACAGUGGAGAGGAGACUGAAAUCCUCAGCCAAGUCUCUGGUCAAAAUUAGUGUGAUGAGUGAAAUCUCAGUCAUUAAAAAUAGUGUCUUGAAAUAAUAUGUUGCAUGUUAUUUGGUUUAGAGCUUGGAAUUUUCAUUUUUUUUAUAUCCUCAAGCCUUUCUCCAAAACCCAAAGGAAAAGGACAAAACUUUUCUUAAUGAAAGCUGAGAUUAACAUCCUGUCUUCUUAUAUUCAGAAGCUGAGGUUUUAGAAGUACAGAGUGUUACUGACUUUACGUUAAAAUGGAUCAAUAGUCUGUUCUUUCAAGUGGACAGUAAUUCGUUCUUUCAAGUACAACUCAACAGUAGUUUGUUCUUUCAUCUACAGCUUUGAAGAAGUCCGACUGAGGGAAACCACUGGCCAAGACCACUGGAGAAGUCUGUGAAGAAUGAAAAUCCAUGAAAGAAAUGAAAGCAAGAAGGAAUUGGCCUAAACAGCUCCCUGCGCCCUCUCACGAUACGACCGCAGCCAGACCCCCUCGGCGGCAGUCGGUGCCAGGGACCCUCCCGCCGCGGAGCCCCCCCGCCCCGGCGCGCGGCACCGCCCCUCUGGCGCGGGGAGGGGGCGGCGGGGCUGCGCGGCGCGGGGAGCCCGGGGCUCGGCGGAGCCGCGAAGGCGUCCCGGCGCUGCCCGUGGGUGCUGCCGUCCUCCCCGCCGGGGUGUCAGGGGUCGCCGUUCUUCCCCGGGCGGCGCGGGGGGCUGUCCCCGCCAUGGCUUUCACCUUCGCUGCCUUCUGCUACAUGCUGUCGCUGGUCCUCUGCGCCGCCCUCAUCUUCUUCGCCAUCUGGCAUAUAAUUGCCUUUGAUGAACUUCGGACGGACUUCAAAAGCCCAAUAGAUCAGUGCAACCCAGCCCAUGCAAGAGAGCGGCUGAGAAAUAUUGAACGUAUUUGCUUCCUCCUGCGAAAGCUGGUGUUGCCAGAGUACUCUAUCCAUAGUCUUUUCUGCAUAAUGUUUUUGUGCGCUCAAGAGUGGCUCACACUGGGGUUAAAUGUUCCUUUGCUUUUUUAUCACUUCUGGAGAUAUUUUCGUUGCCCAGCAGAUAGUUCAGAGCUAGCAUAUGAUCCACCUGCAGUCAUGAAUGCAGAUACCUUGAGUUACUGUCAAAAAGAGGCCUGGUGUAAGCUAGCUUUCUAUCUCCUUUCCUUCUUCUACUAUCUGUACUGCAUGAUCUACACUUUGGUGAGCUCUUAACUGAAAGAUCAUCACAAAAGACUAAAAACAACAAAAGCGGGAGGUGCAAGAUGGGUGAACCGAGUGAUGCAUGAUUAAAAAAAAAAUGCAAAGAGAAGAAAACUUUGAACCCAAGAAGUAAAUAGUGUACAUGAAAGAGAGACCAGGCAAGAAUACCAUGGAAGAGUGGCUGAGUUAACUGUAUUUAUCUCCUAUUUCUCAGUGUAUGUUAGUAAAUGACUUUCAAAACCUAAACAGAGCAAAAAAAUGCAACAAGGUGGGCCAAGUUACAGAACUAGUGACUUCUUCGGGGGUGAUCUGCAUGGUUAAGCAAGUUCAUUUUAAACUGUAGCCCCUGCUGUCUUCCAGGGAGCAAAGUUUUUUUUUCCUUAAUGGCAGUUCUGGACUGAGGAAGCAGAAGGCAAGACCAUCUUACGUGGAAAGAACAGCUAUACGACACAUUCUGACAGUGAGCAUCGACUGGAGUUCAGACAAGAUGUGUGACUUCUGCAGGGAUAUUCACCUAGGCACUAAUCAAAGUGGAAUGUUGGAUCUCGUGUAUUGCUUCAGUGGUUUUUUUUCCACCUAUAACAAUAAUAACAAAAGAAUUAGCAGUUGCUAUUUUCUAAUUAUAUGCUAUUCCCAUAGGUGAACAUACAGUAUCUUCCUGUACUUCAUUUAUCAUGCAUCAGCAACGUAGUAAUAUGUAUAAAUACCUUGGGCUUGACCUAAUUGUUCCAAGAAAUUAUCAGAACAAUGUUCCUUUGACUGCAAAAGAAAAGUAAAAGCCGCCUAUAUUAAGGAUAAUUGUAAUAUAGGUAUUAUAUUCAUCACAAUGCUGGAUAACAAUAUACUCAACCAGCUAAUCGUGGUCGGUAAUUCUGUUUUGCAGCUUUAUUUCUGCUGUCAAAUUUGAGCUGAAAUUAAUGCACAAAAUGUUUUUGUUUUAUAUGAGGUUUGGAUUGAAAGAUGUUCAUUUUUUUGUAAUUUAAAAGUUUCUAGGUUUUAUCAUAUAAUUCACAUUUAAAUGCACAUAUAUGUAUAUAUGUAUAUAGCUGUAUAUCUUUAUACAUAUGUAUGUAUAUACAAAUACACAUUUACAUAAAUGCUCACAAUAUGUUUAUAUUUUAGGUUAAUUUGUUUGACAGGUCAAAGGCAUCAAGCGUCCAGAACUGCUGUUAAAUAUAUUUCAGCCCUGAACCUAGUGGACCAGUGCUGACUCCCUCGAAGUUACUAAGGUAUUUCAGUGCAGCCACUGGUAGUAGACAUGCCUAUAAGAUCAAGACUAACACCAGUCCAUGCACAUAUAUGACUUGUGUCUUGUAUUGUGAAUGAGCUAGCAGGAUAUGUUUCUACCGGAGAUGCUGCAGAGAACAGUCCAGUGAGGCCCAUCUGUACUCCAGCUUGUUUACGACUGGUCUUGUUAGCUUGUUGACACUGCUAAACUUGGUCUGGCUAUUAAGAGCCAAUAGAUUGUUCCUGUACCACAUUCUGAGGACUUCUUAGUCUGGGCACAGGAUUCCAUCGGGACAUGCAGUCUCUCAUUCAGCGCUGCCUCUGUGCUAACAUACCCUGUUUCAGAGCAUGGUGUAGAAGCAAUGGCUGAAUGGAGUCUUGUCAUGUCUGGCAAGGUCCGAACUGAGCUGGAGUUACUGCAUAUGUACAGCGCCAAGGCUCUUCCUGGUUUGUUCUGGCUAUGUUAACACAAUUAAAUUCUGUUAGCCUGCAAAGCACAGUUGCUGCACGUAAACUUUCUACUCCUGGACCGUGCCAACUCCUAGAUCAUGCCUGGGCAUUGCUUGGAAGAGUGCUAGCUGGCCUGCACAAAAAUUAUACCAAGAGUCAUUCUAACAAUACUUAGGUGAUUAAGUUGUCAUUCUUGAAUUAAAAACUACAGACAUAACCAGCAGAUCUUACGGGAUGUAGUUUAGCUUCUUAAAACAUAGAAUUCCCAGCUCUGGAAGCUCACAAGGUCUGCCAAGUUGGGUUACUUGUGGAGCUAAUCUGGGCUUUGGUGGUUCAUUAGGUUGGAUUGCAUACACUACAGAAGUGGCUAAACUGAACUUGAAAUCACAUUGACGGUGUAAUUCGCUUGGAGUGUGCUUGAGCUAAGAAACUUUGCUGCAUCAUUACAGAGCUAACUUAUAAAGCUCUGCUGCCAUGGUAUAAUUAAUUCAUGGUAUAAAGCAUAAAAUGCUGAUGGUUGUCUAUAAUGGAAUUCCUUCUCUACGUCUAGCUAUAGCAUGUAGUCCUACAGAAGUAUAGGAACUAGAUUCACAAGAACAAAUUACAGGAAUUGCUAUCUUGCUACCUCAUAAAACUCUCAACUAUGAGCAGGUGACUGAAUCUUUCCAUGCAUCUCCCAGGACGCGUAGGAAGUAGAAAGAAAUUAAUUCAAGUUUCCUAUAUUCCAGAUACGUGUUUUCAAGUCAGUUUCAUUGGAAGGACUGUAUUUUUUUGUGAGGUUGAAUGGGUCAAACUAUGAUCAUGUUUUCCCUGAAAACACACAGUUUUUAAGUCCUGAGAUUUAGGCAUGAGCUAGACUAUCAGCAGGUCGAUUUCUUGCUGAUGGGACUGAGUAGGAGCUCUGUGAGUUUAUGUAACUGACACUGGCAUCUAAUUCUUGGCUUUGCACAAGAGGCGCUUGACGACGUAGGUCUUCUGAAUGUGAAAGUUUCAGGUGACUUCAAAGACAUAAUGGUUGAAUGGACAUGCAAGGUAACUUAAAACUCUAUUUCAGGCAACUUCAUCAAUAUACUUAUCAAACUCUACUUGAAAGCAGAACAAUUUUUUGAUCCCACUGUGCUAUGAGUAUCUUGCUGCUCUGAUACUACAAAGUUUCUCUGCAUUUUGAGAAUAAAUUUAUUCUUGGGUAAUUUAUUCCACUUGCUUUUGAGCCAGCAUUAGCCAAAAUACACCCUCUCUCCUGGUUCUUCAGACCUGAUACAUACAGAGAGCAGUCAGCUCUUUUCAGCCUCCACUCUGUUAGAAGUGAACCAUCUUUUUCUUCAUCCUCCCAUUGAAAAGCUUUCCAUUUUCUGUGUCUUCUUUAAAGGAUUUUUCUGUUGCCUUGCCAGUCAAACUAAACUUUCUUGAGAGUGUAUGAUGAUAGCUGUUCCGGAGUACUCAGGAGACUGUCUUACCCUAACUAGUCCUUGCUGUGAAUGGGCAAUGAAAGACAAUAUUCUUCGUUCUUUCCCAUGAUACUUAUUAAAAAAAAAAAAUAAUCCUACUGCUCUCAACAGCAUUUUGUUUCUCUUCAAGAAAAAUCUUAAAGUCCAUGGAAAAAAUGUGUAAUAUGAGGAUACCUUCCCUUUUAUUGAAUUCAGUUAUGCUUCUCCUGAGCAGGAAUAAUUUAUGAAAGUGCUCAAAGCAUUAAUUGAUGCAAGUUUUUAAUUUAAAGCAGGUAUCUCCAACCCAGACCUCAGGAGUAGUGAGACUUUGUAAGGUGUCUGGCAGUGUCAAGAAGUUGCUAAUGCUGUGGAUGUCACAGACAACAGAGUAAGAUACAUCCCUCAGCAUGUUCCUUGUUUUGUUUUGUUAUCCAGGUGGUUUGUAGUAUCUUGCUGGGUUACUCAAACAGACUACCACCAAUUUACUGCAGUCCAGUGCUAAACCAUUUUGCAAUGGUGCUGCUGUAGUGGUAGGUAGACUUCAGUAGCAUAUGCAUACUGGUAUUCAAAUUAGUAAUUUUCUUACAAUUGCAGAAUUAUCUCUCUGGAUUUGUCAAAGGGUACAAAAAAAAACCCCAAAUAUUUUUCUGAAGUCUAGUAGCUCUCUUAUGUAACUAGAUUAUAAUGAUUACUGUACAAGUCCAGAAAUUUACCCUGGAUUCUUCUAUGUUACAGCUGUGUGCUCUGGUCCCUGAACAGUUGUACUCAUAUAUAGUGGAUGUCCUCAAGACCAGAUUUGUAAUUUUCUCUGUUAGACUUGGCAGCCCUAUUAUAAAAGAACUACAAAUAGAGGAAAGAAGAAUGAGGGAUACAAUGUACCUGUUGUGCUCUUAAUCCCUGGCCACCUACCUGGCUAAACACAAGUUAAGCAUACUUUGAACAAAGCAGUGGAAGUGAAGAACCGCGUAGCUAUCCAUGGAGAACAGAAAAAAUGCUGUGCUGUUUGGUCAUGAGCUAGUCUCUUCUCCACGUCACAUUUUAAGGGAGAAAUAAUCUAUAGUAUUCCUUUUGUCUCCAGUUUCUCCUAGUUGGGUGGUGAAGGCUUGAAUUUUCCUCCCCAAGCCUACUGCCUUCCUGUCUCUUUUCCUGGAAAGAUGGAUGUCAUUACUUAGGAGCAGCAGUUUUCCUCUUUCACGUUCUCUAGUUAUACAGAUAAAUCCCAUAGAGUCAUAAAAAACCAUGUCAUCUCCCUUUGUGCCUUUGAACAGGUCUGCAAUAAGCACAUGCUUAAAUGAGUAUUUGUUUUUCUCAUUUGCACCAUCUAUAAAGUGAGAAUGGUGGUACCUAGCUUGUGAGAUCGUUCCAUACAUAUGAUAAGCCCUUUUUUUUUUUUUUAAAUUUUUUUUUCCAUACCUGUUGAAUCUGCUUAAAGGAAAAAGGCAGGAAGUGGAAAAAAAUUGGGAGAGGAUGAGACCUGAAUGAACUGCUUACCAGUGGGGUAGCUGCACAGCAUGCUGACCUGUAGUUGGCUGUUCCUGAAAAUGAUGAAAAGGCAGUUGCAUCGUCAAGGUGUUGCUCUGGUUUUGCCUGUCCUAUUUAUAGUCAAGUAAUUGCAGCAAUUCUGAAUAAAAUUGUCACUGCUAUGACUUUUUCAGUUUCAAAUACAGCAAAUCAAUGCUGAUAGCAGAAUGCUUCGCCUACAAAUAAUUAACUGCACUUAAGCUGUCAGAAAUGUUUUUCCAUCUGUUUCCUUGGGCUUCUCUUCUUUUUGCACUAAGUCACUGACAUUGGAAGAAAAAAUUCUUAAACUUACACUUCCUUACAGAAAUUAUACUGAAGUAGUGAUCAUCUGGCACUGCUGUUAGGGUCAUAAUUUGUUGUACAUUAAUAUGGGCAUCUAUUGUUUUUCCUUUCUCCAUUCUAUCUCUGCAUAGAUAUUUUUGUAAAAACAAAAUAAUUCACAGGGCAUGAUCCAAAAUCCUUGAAUUUACUGAGGAUUUGCUGUUGUUUCCAAUAGACUUCACUUAGUGUGCCUUACUCUAGAGCUGCAUGGGAAAUCGUUUCACAUUGGAAGGUCCCUAGAAUUUUGCCAGUAAGGAUCCUGUCCUUUAGAUCUUGGUAUCGCAUCCAUUUAACUGAAUUACGUUAAUGAAAGAGGAACAUGUAUUUCAGAGGGAUAAGUGUACCGUUUCAAUGCUCAUACCAAACUCUCACAGAAAGUUAUAUCAACCUUGUAAAAAUCUGGCUUCGUGGAAUUUAAUGGAAAUCUUACCUCUUAUUUCAUGUAAGCCCAGAUUAGCAUUGUACAAUUUCCAUCAAGAGGUCAGUGGAUAUUAAAAAUAGAAAAAACCUCAAACCCAAUAGGUUUAGUUAAUAAAAAACGUUGUAGGAUGUUAGGUAAAGCUUGUCUUGCUGCAAAUAGAACAGGAGAUCAAAAGGUUGAAAUAAAGCAGGAGCAAGAAAUUAAGAAGUAAUAAAUAUUAGCCUGCUAUCCAUGCUGCACUGAACUUUGCAUUGGUGAUCUCGGUUUUCAGUCCUGCUCUGGUAUGGUUUUUCAUCAUCCAUUACUCAUGUACACAUUGUUCUGAUUUAUUUUUGUUCUGUACAGUAAUGCAGUUGUAGGUGGGAAGGAGGGAAAAUACUGUUCUAAACUACAGCUUUCCUGUUUUUAUCUCCCAGAUAACCUAUGAAGUUGCUGUAACAAAUUCUAAUGAUGUAUUUCAGUGGUGCACCUCAACCUAAGAAUGAAGCCAUUUGCUGCACAUAAUAUUCUGCUGCAAUUUAAUAAAUUUUAGUUCUUGGAAUAUCUUUAAGUGCUUAUACAAUUAAAGUAGUCAUUUUCUUACUUUUAAAUUGCUGGCCCACUUCUCAUGUAAGAGAAGAUGUACUGUUGUGGCCCAAUUACGUGACUUUCUGGGUAGUCAAACUCUCAGUAAAACUCUCAAUGAAGAAUUAAAAAGCUAAUAUCUUUUAUUUAGUCCAAAGCUUGAAUAAAUGUUGCUCCUUUUUUUUCCUGUGAACUGUCCCUAAUAUCAGCAGGCUCCUGACAGAUCUGAAGAAAUCUAACUAACCUUCUGUUAUGAUAGUUCCAGUCGUGUAAAACAGAUUCGCAACCAGUGAGCGUAAGCAUGAAACACUUACUGGAAAGCAUAACUCCUACAAACCACACCAAGAUUUAUGGCAAUGUCUUCAGUAGCAGAGAUCCAGUCUAAUGGAAUAGCUCACAUUGUGCAUAGUAACAGAGUAAUUAUAGAGUAAUGUGGAGUACCACACAAAUAGUAGUACCAGUAAUAUAUAUUACAAGUCAUAGUACAAGCAAACCAGAAUUUCUACUCUACCAAUAAUACAUUUUUUUGUAAUACAAUGUUUUGCUUUGUGUAAAAAACAAUAUAAAUUACAAGACAGAAGAUGAUCAGGCUGCAGCAGCUAACAGGAGUGCAAAGUUUGACCAUAGCUGUGUCUAAAAAUUUCAAAUCUGUUGCUGACAGAUUUAUUGACAGCUCAAAGUUACUGGACGUGCAGGUUGUAGUGUUAAUAGUAGCUUUAGAAAUACAUAAAUUCAUUUAUUUUGGAAUAAGAAUCCCUGUUUCUUUCUAAAAUAUAUUUAACACAUUUUAGACAUUGCCUGACUCUCAAUAUAUAGCAAAUUUAAAUGUAUUACAAAAAUCUCAAAUUACAUGCAAAUGCAAACAUGAAAUAUAGCAAAUUUCUGGAAAGCCUUGUUAUUCAAGGGUAAUUUCUAGGUUUGAUGUCAUUUAUUGUGGGUCUCUGGACUAUUGAAGCCCACUUAAAUGCUACCAUUAUCGACAACAACUGUUCUGCAAGAAUAUGGGCAAAUACAAGCUUGGUUCUGUCUUCCUAGCUGCCCAGAAAUAUCAUGUCAUGUAGCCUUAUUCACUACAGAGCAGGCAACAUCCACUUUGUCACUUUGAAUCACUUGCCCUUUCAGAAGAUAACGAUAUCCCAGUACAAAAUUCUUCUUGAGCUUCAGCUUUUAUUGUUUUGGUGUGGGGCUUUUUUGUCUGCAAGGAAGAUUUAUUUCCUGUGCCUAAUGACCAACAUCACUAUGUUGGUUUUGGAAGCCUUCCUCCCACCCACCCAUUUGUUGGGUGCAUUUUAGUACAUAGCGAAGUGUACUAAAUCCACAUUUUUGACGUGCACUAUUUUCGAAGUUCCUGCUCUUUCAGUGCUCAGUAGUCAUCCAGACAUAAAGAGGUGUAUAAAUUAAUUAUAAAAUUGUAUCAAAUAAGCAGUGGAGGGAGGAGGGCGCUUAUCUAUCUUUUCUUAUAACAUAAAAAAAAAAUGGGAGCACUGAAAGAAAAUUGGGAGGCAAAGAUGUGAAACAUUUGAAGAACUAUACAAGAUCCGACACAAAACAAACCUCAACUAAAGCUGUAGCUCAGGAACCAAGAGUGGGAAGGGAGAGAAAAGGAGAUGUUUAUAGAAUACAUUCUAACCUGUCACAGUGAGACAAAGCUCAACUCAAUUGCUUCGCUCAGUAUGAGUGGGCAUGUGUUCAAAUAUAGACAUUUUCUUACCCUUGGUCAGAAAAUGUCAGUGUGCAAGAGUGAACAGUCAGUUAACAGCAAAGCAAUGUGCCAACCCACAACACUUUGUGAAGCAUUUUUUAGCUAAUAACUGCCUUUUCCCAAAGAUCAAGUCAGUGCUUAAAGGAAGCCAUUUUUUGUUGGCAGAAGAUGUGAAAGCAAAAGCGAUGGAGAUUGCAUUUUAGGAAAUGUUCUGCAGAAUUGCUUUGAACGCUGGCAGCAUCAUAAGCAGUUGUGUGUUUGCUCAGAUGGGAACCAUUUUGUAGGUGAUCAUGGUUGAUUUUCUUAAUUUAUUAAAUAAAAAGAG